UCGCUCUCGCCGUCGGCUCUCAUUCUUCCGAUUCAUUCUCCGAACACUCUGCCUCGUUCCUCUCCCCUCUCCCCUCUCCCCUCUCCCUCCACUUCCCUGCCACCCUCCGCCAUGGCCUCACUCGCCUCCGCUUCCCUUCUCAACAGGACCGUGUCGGUCGUCUCUUCGGCCGUGUCGUGCCGCAAUGUCGUCGCCCAGAAAGUCUCCUGUGUGAGUUUCAGCGGUCUCCGUGCAUCCGCCAGCCAGAGAUUCUCCAUCGUUGACUCCCGCGCCGUAGCUGUUACUCGCCUCCGACGCAUCUCAUGUGCGGCUGAAGGAGCCGAGGAAGCCGUAGCUGCUCCCGCCGCCACUGAUGCACCUGCUGAAAACGUCGCAGAGAUCGUGAGGAAAGUCAUUGCCCACCAAUUGGCGUCACCUCUUGAGAAAGUCUUGCCCAACUCAAAAUUCGCUGAUCUUGGUGCCGAUUCUCUUGACACCGUCGAAAUUAUGAUGGCCUUGGAAGAAAGAUUUGACAUUACUAUUGACGAGGAUGGUGCUGAGAAGAUUUCUACAGUCCAGGAGGCUGCUGACUUGAUCGAAGCUGAAAUCAAGGCCAGGGCUUAAAUAGUUAGAUGUUCAAAUUCAAAUCAGUGGGAUAUAUUUGAUCUCCCGGGCUGCGGAUACUAGUAUGAGGCAAGUUACCUGGGCGACGAUCACAUUUUUUGCAGCAUUCUCAUCAGUGAGGGCUACAACCGGGAGUUUCUCCUCUAGCUGUAGUGUAUAGUAGACGGAUGCUUCUCAAGGUCUGUUGUAUCUUGUUCCCGAAUACUGCUCCCAAGCCUUCCGGAAGCAAAGUUCUGGUUCGUUCUUAAAUUUGUAAUGUGGCUAUGUUACCAACCAUUCAACUCGAAAACACUGAGAUAACUAAAUCUUGCCAGUUCCAGUCUCGAUUGUAGCCAAGAUUGUGAUUACUUGAUGAGGUGGAUGUAUAUUGUAAACCUGCUCACAUUCACACCUUCGUGUGAUGUCAGUAGUAAUGUGCGCAUACAAACGUGGAAGAAGUCUUCGUUCUCGCACGAAGGGCAGGAGACCACGUGUAGACAUCUAAGAAAUUUAAGAGAAAGAGAUUCAGUGAUUCGAGUAGACGAGAGUGUGGACUUUAGUUGCGCGUCGCGUUUUUGACUAACUUUCGGGUGAUUAUGAAUGAAAGGUUUGCC